AUGAGUGGCGCACUUAUGUUGACUUUUACUUGUAGCAUGUUGCUAGAAAUAAAGUCCCAGUUUUCAGUUUCAGAAAUGAAGACGAUAAGAAGGAGACUGCACUUUAGCGAUGGUGUACUAGAUGAAUACAGUACCGAUGAAGAGUCCGCACCAAGUACACAAAUAGCCACUGUGAGUCCGAUUGAUUGUGCGCACUGUUGUAUCGAUACUGCGUCCAUGCCUUGGGGGGAAUGGGUGUUACAUCAAACUUGCGCAGGAGGAUACUCUGCACUCCAAUUCGUCGACUGGGCGGGCGAAAAGCUAGCCUGGGCGUUUGGAAUUACUAAGCCAAAGUUCAACGACAUGAUUGAAGAAUACGUGGCGUUAAAGUCCGCCAGAUUAGAGGAUAUAAAUCUCGUUGGAGAUAUGGAUGAUGAAAAUACCAUUAUUACUGAGGCCUUUAACACAGCCUGA